CAGCACUGCACGAAUCUGCUCGCCCUUUUCCUUUUCCGAAAAUGAAGUCAAUAUACACUACUAGGAUCGAGACGGCGAUGUAUUUAUGAAGACAGCUUCUUGGAGGCCUUGUCGAACUCUGUGUGUGUGUAGAUGUACACCAAUUAUUGUUCUUAAUUUCUCAACAAUAUCUGCUGAUCGAAAAGGUAACCCCCAUGGGUUCGGAGAAGAAUCAGGAGACCCCUGAAGUGAGCAAUACGAAGGAGUCCUCAGAGAAGACGAAGGGUCCAGAUCAAGUGGCUCCUGAUCAUUCGCAGCAUGACUGCCAGGGAGAAAUCUCAACCUCGUCCGGCCUAAAGGUUCAUGGAUUCGAAAAUGAAAUGAUUUCACUGGAAAAAAUGCUUAAACGGCGACAAAGUGAGGACGAAUUCAAGGCAAUUGGGAUCGUCGGCGAGCUAGGUGUCGGAAAAUCAACUCUUUGCCGAGCGCUUCUCAACAAGAAUGAGGUCAAAACCAGCUUCCUUCCCAGGAUUUGGGUACGCAUGUCCAAGAUUAAGAAAAGUGAAGCAGAGAAAAGUGAUGCAGAGAAAAUUCAAGCAGAGAAGGAAGCUGUCGUUAAAAGAAUGUUGGAGUGUCUUGGAGUUGACGACAAGAUCAUCAAGAGCAUCUCCGGGGAUGAUGGACGCGCCCUCGAUGAUAAGGAACGCCUCAAUGCUUUACUCUAUGCUCUGUAUCUCCAACUGAAUGGUAAGAAGUAUCUCAUCGUACUUGAUGAUGUUUGGAACAAGGAUAAAUGGUACGGAGAUUUAAGUGCUGAAAUAAUUCGUAGCUAUGAUUGGAAUAAACGUCUAGCAUAUGGAUUGCCAAAAGGAAAAGGGGGAACCGUGAUUGUCACGAGCAGGAAUAAGGAGGUAGCAAAGAUGAUGGUCGGGAAGGAAGAAAACAUACAUGACCUUCUGCCACUUUGGAACCAAGAGAGCUGCUGGUCAAUAUUCACAGACACGGUCGAAAGAGAGAAACAGGUGUUGAACUUCAACUUAAAGGAAGAAGUAGAUUUAAAAAAAGCAAAGAAGGAUCUUUUCGAAAAGUGCGGUGGCCUUCCACUCGCAGCAAAGAUGCUGGGGAAAACUAUGGCGGAAAAGCUGAAAGACGAAGCAGCCAGAAAACCUCAAGUUCCUGUUCCCGAAAGAAGGGAGACCCACGACGACGAAGCGUCCGGAGAAGGCACAGAUCAUGUUGGUGAUAUCCCAAGAAGCGAGACCCACGACGACGGAGCGUCCGGAAAACCCCAGCUGAAAGACGAAGCAGCCAACGACGACGAAGCGUCCGGAAGAAGUGAGACCCACGACGAAGCGAGACCCCAAGUUCCUGUUUCCGAAAGAAGGGAGACCCACGACAAGGAAGCGUCCGGAGAAGGCCCAGAUCAUGUUGGUGAUCUCCUAAGAAGCGAGAGCCACGACGACGACGGAGCGUCCGGAAAACCCCAGCUGAAAGACGAAGCAGCCAAAAAACCCCAAGUUCCUGUUUCCGAGAGAAGUGAGACCCACGACGACGAAGCGUCCGGAGAAGGCACAGAUAAUAUUGGUGAUCUCCCAAGAAGCGAGAUCCACGACGACGGAGCCUCCGGAAAACCCCAGCUGAAGGAUGUAGUAGCCAAAAAACCCCAAGUUCCUGUUUCCGAAAGAAGUGAGACCCACGACGACGAAGCGUCCGGAGAAGGCAUCUGUGGUCUCCCAAGAAGCGAGAUCCACGACGACGGAGCGUCCGGAAAAAGCCAAGAUGUUGGCUGUGUUGCCCAAGAUGGUGCCACAAGAAGCCGGAUCGACGAAGAACCGAAACCUUUUGAUGGAGUUCCAAAGGAAAAUUCAUCUUUCAUGUAUGGCUUCAAGUGAUUAUCAGACAAAAGCAGUGCUUGUGGAGCAAGAUUUUCCCUCACUUUAGUUUCAAGCUCCAUGAGAUCAGAGCAGAGCAGAAACUGAAGGAAAUGGCUUGAUUUUUAAUUUGGAGCUAUCACCUUUGUACAUGUUCCCUUAAUAGAUGAACACGAGAAGCUAGGCAUUAAUUGUCGAGGUUGAAAGCGACCAUUUAUUCUCAUCAAGUCCUCCAAUGGUCUUGGCUGCUUAGCAUUGCUUUGACACUUUGCAACCAAACCUUUGCUUUGACAGGAGUUAUUUUUCCAUGUCUUAGCUUUCGAUUGGCACUUUGGCAACUGAAAUGAAGAAUGCAACAUAAAUGAAGUAUUAAAUAUGACUGAGCCGUUACGUAAUUUGUGUUGUCUGGUCAAGAAAGGUCAUAUUUUCAGACAUCUGAGAACAGAAUCAAGUAGAGCAAGAUUAUGGGACUCGAGGAAACUCCCCUUGUAAGAUGUGGUAAAUUUGUCGAAAAUAUUUAUGAUUAUUUUGACCUUGUUUUUAUUUAAUAUAAAUGAGACAUUAAUUUGCAA